AUGUCGCACCCGCAGACUCUCUUCGCGCAGACGGUCUUCCAUGGACCCUCACUGCUCCGGUCGCGGCUCGCAACGGUGGGACGCGCGACGACGCGGGCCCAGUUGCGCCAUUUGCGUGAAACGGGACGCUACGACUGCUUCCGCCUGAAGCGGCAACCGGCUCACGAUACCGACCACCGGUGGCCGUGUCCGGCGCCGGCCUACUGGGACAGCGACGUCGCUAAGUGGCUCGAGGGUGCCUGCUACCUACUGGCCGCGGAGUACGAUGCCGAGAUCGACGCCGCCAUUCGCGAGCUCGUCGCCCUCGUCCGCGCCGCCCAACAACCCGACGGUUACCUCAACUCCUGGUUCAUCGUCGCUCGGCCCGAGAGCGAGAGGUGGACCAACAUCAGGGACCAGCAUGAGCUAUAUAACGCCGGGCAUCUAAUAGAGGCCGCACUGGCCCAUAGCAACUACUACAAGAACAACCUCCUCGUCGAGCCGAUCGAGAAGUAUGUCAAACUGAUAAGUGAGAUCAUCGGCCCCGGGCCGGAGCAGAAACACGCAUACCCGGGUCACCCGGAGGCGGAGCUAGCGCUGCUACGCCUGUUCACGGCAACGGGCAAUACCAAGGCCUACGACCUUGCUCGGUACUUCGUCGAGGAGCGCGGUAACCCAAUCGGCCAGGACGGACGGCCCUAUUAUGAGUGGGAGCGCGACCAGCGUGGUGACAGCCCCUAUAAGCGCCCCGACAGUUACCAGAUGCACGACAGUUACUUCUAUAACCAGUCGCAUCUGCCCAUCCUUGAACAGAAGACCAUUGAGGGCCACGCCGUGAGGGCGAUGUACCUUCUAACCGGGGUCGCCGACCUUCUGUGUCUCGACGAGCUUGGGAUCAAGUCCUUCCCGCGCAAAAGCGAGUACUUUGAGGCCCUGACUAGGCUAUGGAAUAACAUGGUCGAUAAGAAGAUGUAUCUUACCGGCGGCAUCGGCGCCGUAUGGCAAUGGGAGGGGUUCGGUAUCGAUUACUUCCUCCCGCAAGGUUCCGACGAAGGCGGGUGUUACAACGAGACUUGCGCAUCUAUCGGCGUGAUUAUGCUAGCUGAGCGCAUGCUCCAUCUCGACUUAGACUCUAAAUAUGCCGAUGUGAUGGAGCUAUGUCUUUAUAACGCUGUUAUGACGGGUGUGAGUCUUGCGGGGACUGCAUUUACCUAUGUGAACCAGCUCGCGAGCUCAGAGGCGGAUAAGAGCCGCCGAGAGGACUGGUUCGACACGUCAUGCUGCCCACCUAAUGUGAUGCGACUCUUCGGUUGCCUGGGGGGAUAUCUCUGGGACUACGGAGGUAGCGGGAAGAGUGCCCACGUUAACGUGCACCUAUACACGACAGCUCGGGUCGGGUUCGAGGUUGGCCAGCAGCAAGUCAUCCUCGAGCAAAAGUCGAACUGGCCCUGGGAAGGGAAUAUUCUGUUCCAGUUACAGGCGCCGGCGGGCACGAGCGUCACUCUCAGGUUGCGGAUCCCCGGCUGGGCUCAUAAGAACUUCACGCUUACGCCGAGCUACCCGCCCGCGGAGAUCAAGAAGGGCUACCUAGUCCUCCCGCCAGCCUAUACGUCAGAAAACAAGGUCUUCGCCAUCCAGAUUGACGGCUUCAAGCCCCGAUUCGUCUCUCCUCACUCCUAUACCAAUCAGAACACGGUAACCCUAGCCCGGGGCCCGCUGAUAUACUGUGUUGAGGACGUCGAUAACCCGUGGGAGCGAGACCAUUUCCGCAAUGUCGGGAUCAGAUCCGACGCUGAGGUGACUGAGAGGGACGAGGCAAUCGACCAAUCAGGGGAGCGAUAUAUCUCCCUCCGCUGCCUUGGCUGGACCCGCAAGGUUGGUGAUCGGUCCGAGCCAGCGGCCGGAACCCAACCCGGAUCCUCGUCCCUUCUCCCACAGACGGUCGUGGCGGAACAGAAGGACCUGGUCUUCAUUCCAUACUACCUCCGGGCGAACCGUGGGGGGAGAGGUCACAUGAGAGUUGGCCUGCUAAGACAAUAG